GAAAGGCAUUUUUGUCAUUUCACAAAGCAGCCUAAACGCAAACCGAGAAAGGACAAAAAAGAAGGAAAGAGAGAAGGAGAUAAACAUACCUGUAGACCUUAAACUCUGUACCUUCUCUUCCUGCAAAAACGUUCGAAUCUGAAGCUCAGAUCAAUAAAAACCGCUUCUUCUUCUCUUCAUUUGGUCAUCUUCAUCUGUUUUUCUCUUCUCUUUUCAAUUUCGCUAUUCUUAUCAGAAAUUGUUUUGAUGAAGAAGAGAUUCAUCAAUCUGCUUCUUGAUGCGGACAUCUCUGGAGGAGGUAAAGGGGUCUGUAUGGCACUUACAAUCUCAAAUGCUUUCACAAAUCUGUCUGGUUUAGCUCUUCCCUGCUCUUUGAACUCGAAGGAUGAUUGGAAAAAAGUCACAUGAACAAAUACAACAUAAUAAGGUUAAUUCUUCAAUACUAUCAAGGCCUCCCUGAUUCAGUUGGGCUUCCACAAAUAGAAAGGAGUUUGAUUUCAUCUUGUGGUACCGAAAAAUGGAAAGACUAAUCUAAGUGGUCUAGGAAGAAGUGAAUGGAUUUGUUGUCUUUAAGAUCUCAUCUCAGUUUGAGGAGCUCAACCAGUACAUAUCCAGCUAGAAAACCAACAACUGCAGUUCCUGAAUUUGUAAAAUUGCAUAAGGGUCCUUCAAAAUUCAAAUAUUUACCUCAAAGGUAUCGUAUGGUCACUGCAAAUAGGGAGGGAUUGAACGGGAUAGAAGAACGUGAUGGAGUGAUAAUUGUGGAUCAUGGGUCCCGCAGAAAAGAGUCCAAUCUUAUGCUAAAUGAAUUUGUAGCAAUGUUUAGAGAGAGAAAUAAAUACCCCAUUGUGGAGCCUGCACACAUGGAGCUGGCAGAACCAUCUAUCAAGGACGCAUUUAGUUCAUGCGUUCAACAAGGAGCACAACGAGUUAUUGUAAGCCCGUUUUUCCUUUCUCCUGGACGACAUUGGAACCAGGAUAUUCCUUCUUUAACGGCCGAAGCUGCAAAGGAGCAUCCAGGAGUAUCAUAUGUUGUUACCGCACCUCUUGGCCUUCAUGAAUUACUUGUUGAUGUCAUGAAUGAUAGGAUCAAGCAUUGCCUAAGUCAUAUUACCGGGAAGGCAGAUGAAUGUUCAGUUUGUGCUGGAACUGGAAAAUGUCAGCUCCGUCAGUAACAUACUUAUGAAGCUUAGCAAGACUUUGUUAUGCAGAGUGAAUUUGUUACCCGAUGCCAGUUGACUUAUUCGGGUCUGGAUGCGGAGUUACUGCCGCUUGACAGUAUGUUCAAUUAUCUCCCGAAAAUCAAGCAUCCAAGUUACCAUGAGGACUUUGAUAUUUGGGAGUUAGUAAUAGCAUUUCAAAUACAAAUAUCAACUGGAGGAUGCUUAGAUUGUCCACACAGCUGAUGGAGAUAUGCUAGUGCUGGACCGCAGUUCUGAUUAGCCUCGUCUGUUGUAAAUCAUUAAACUAUUGUAAAUCAUCAUUUGUUUCUUACAGAACUUAUGGCUUCCUAUCAGGUGCCGAUGGGUUGCUAUUUAUUCCUCAAAAUAUUUAGUUUGAGAGUAUUGCUGUCUAAUAGUUUGUACUUUAGUGUCUUCUUCCUCUACUCAUUACCAUAAAUAAACAAGGAUUUUAUUCACAUGGGUUGUAGCUGAAAUUGCUAGUUAUUGUAUUUAGCGUUUCUCGUUAACAAGAAGAAUGUUCUUUUUCCAUGAUGAAUGCUUAGAAUAUCUGAUCCAUGACGACCAUGCUCGUUCCUAUACCGUGGUGUCGAGCAUAGUAUGUGCAUAAAUGGAUGAAGCAGAAUUUAAAUUUUCAACUCUGGUUUCAUUUUUGUACUAACUCAAGCUUGUACUUCUGGCUGGAGUUUCAUAAAAUCGUGAUUAACAACAUACGAUUAAAUAAAAGAACAAACGAAUUACACAGACAAAGUGAUUGUGGGUUCUGAUUCAGUAGUAAGUACAAGAGUGUAAGUCGUGACUUUCACCACUCAAGAUAGGACUGAUGGAAGAUGGAAAUCCUUCAUAUUCAGAAGUUAAUCUUAGGUUAAUGAUAUGUAGUUUUGUACUAUCAAUGCUAUUGUAAAUAUCAAACAUUCUUAACAAAUUUCAAAAAGUUGGUAUAAGGAACUGCUGAAUUUGUGUAAAGAGAGAAUAGAAAAGGAAGAGGAAAAAGUGCUGUGUUCCAUGUUGUGAGAUUUCUCCCACAUCGGCAGAAACAAAGGCAAGCAAAGUGCUGGAGUGAUAUAAAAUGGAAGGAGGGAGCAACGUUGAAACAUACUUACCUGGACGGGGUCAAUGGGCGAUCAUGAAGGCCCAUGGCCUAGAUUGGUGACCUCCAUUGCACUUUGGAGGGGUGCCUGUCUAAGGUCGGCCCAAGUGGUCGAGCCUACGUCAUAAUUUGUGGCAGAGGGGGCCUGCGUUCGCGCGGCCCCUAC